AUGGUGUCUGUUUCCGGUCCCUAAAUCGCCUUCCUUCUGUCGUUCGCUUUCUGUCUUUGCCGCUCUUCCUUCUUCGGCUCGGCGGGGCCCGGGCCUGCCUGCCAUGGGUGCCUACCUGUCGCAGCCCAGCACGGCCAAGAGCUCUGGGGAUGGUGUCGGAAUUGGGCCUCGGCCGCUGCACUUCGGCUACAGCGCCAUGCAGGGCUGGCGGGUCUCCAUGGAGGAUGCUCACAACUGCAUUCCCGAUUUAGACAGCGAGACUGCAAUGUUCUCUGUCUACGAUGGUCAUGGAGGAGAAGAAGUAGCCCUCUAUUGUGCCAAAUACCUGCCAGAGAUCAUCAAGGAUCAGAAAGCAUAUAAAGAAGGCAAACUGCAAAAGGCACUUGAAGAUGCUUUUUUGGCCAUUGAUGCCAAGCUUACAACAGAAGAAGUGAUCAAGGAAUUAGCACUGAUGUCAGGGCGGUCUCGAGAUGAGGGUGAUGAGAAAGAGAUGAAAGUAGCAGAUGAAGAUGAUGUGGACAAUGAGGAGACUGCCUUGCUGCAUGAGGAGGCUGCAAUGACUAUUGAAGAGCUUCUGACUCGAUACGGGCAAAACUGUGUCAAGGGCAAGCUGGGCCCACCAGGCAAAGAUGUAACCCAGGAGGAUGCCCGGGAGCCAAGUUUGAAUGGUGAAGUAGAUGCUGAGGAGCCCUUGAGGCAUCAUAAGGAGGGUGAAGAAGAGGAGAAAAAUGGCAAAUUGUGCUCUGAGACCAUCAGUACCUCCCAUGGUCCAGAUGUGGCUGGUGGAGGGGAUGCUGAUACUUGCCAAAAAAAGACCUCUGAGGGAGCAUCUCCUACCAGUGGUGAGAUGGAGCCAUCCUGCUCGUCUGCAAGCAAGAGCCAGCAAGUGAUCAAGUCAAUGUUCUUUGAGGACAGUGAGGAUGAAUCAGAGGAUGCAGAAGAGGAAGAAGAUGACGAUAGUGAGGAAUGCAGUGAGGAUGAGGAUAGCUACAGCAGUGAGGAAGAAGAAUAUGAUACUGAAGAAGCAGAAGAGGAAGAUGAUGAAGACAUGAUGCUCCCAGGAAUGGAGGGCAAAGAAAAGCCUGGCUCAGACAGCGGCACAACAGCGGUAGUAGCACUUAUCAGAGGCAAGCAGCUAAUAGUAGCCAAUGCUGGAGAUUCCCGAUGUGUAGUGUCUGAAGGUGGCAAAGCUGUGGAUAUGUCCUAUGAUCAUAAGCCUGAAGAUGAAGUGGAAUUGGCCAGAAUAAAGAAUGCUGGUGGAAAAGUAACCAUGGAUGGUCGGGUAAAUGGUGGCCUCAAUCUCUCCAGAGCAAUUGGAGAUCAUUUCUACAAACGUAACAAGAAUUUGCCCCCAGAAGAACAGAUGAUCUCAGCGCUGCCAGAUAUCAAGGUGCUGACAAUCAACGAUGACCAUGAUUUUAUGGUCAUUGCCUGUGAUGGCAUCUGGAAUGUCAUGAGUAGCCAAGAGGUUGUGGAUUUUGUUCAGUCCAAGAUAACACAGAAGGGUGAAGAUGGAGAGUUGCGAUCUCUUUCAUCUAUAGUAGAAGAACUCCUGGAUCGUUGUUUGGCUCCUGACACAUCUGGUGAUGGAACAGGCUGUGACAACAUGACUUGUAUCAUCAUCUCUUUUAAACCACAAAUCAGUCAAGGCUCCCCUGCUGAGAGCAGCAAACGGAAACUGGAGGAUAGCACAACAACUAGCCCCACAGAAGAGGGCUGUAGCAAGAAGGCCCGACAGGACUAGCAGCCAAGUUGGGUAGGGAAUUGCCCAUGCUCUCACUGGACUCUUGUUUUCUAAACAAAGCUGAACUUUUGAUGCCUGUUUUAGGCUUUUUUUAUCCUUAGGGAGGCCCAUUUUGUCUUUAUUAUUUGAAGGGGGGGAAGGGAUUCAGGUGGGUCCCACUUUGAAACCAUUCCAAAGAGUGAAUGGCAGGGAGGGUCAUAAUCUGGCCAAAGCCCAGAAGGCAGACUUACCUGCUCAAACACUCUCAGUCUCUC